AUGAUCGGGCCGUCUUCUGGCACUGGCGGUGUCGCGGAACACGAGUUAUCGAAUAAUCAGUCUCGUGCCGGGAAGAAGCGCAUCUUUGAGGACUUAGACGUGGAAGGCUUUUGCGAAGAGGUUCAGAACGGUCGCAAACGAUACCCGUACCAACAAAUUGAGGAUUCAAUGGAAGUAGUCGCCUCGAAUCAAGCGAUAGGCAACACCGCGACCAUAUUCUCACCAUUGUCGGCCCAGGAAGCCGUAGAGGAAUGUCCAGUGACUCGAUUAGAGGUCCUUCUCGUAGACGGCACUAAUUGCACCUGGACAACCGUAUCAGAACUGGAGUCCCAGCAACAUAUUGCUGAAAUUGCGGCCUCACCCUCAACGUCUUCCUCGUCAUCGGAACAUAGACAGGAACAAGUAAUUCAAGAGGUUCAAGUUGAAGAAACGAACUAUCCCAUUAGUUCUGGUUAUUGGGAGCCUGUUAUCACAAUCCCACCCUCCAAUAUACAACAGAGCAAGCCUGAUGUGCCUUCUAGUAGUCAUCAGCAGCAACAAUUUGAUGAUCAGGAGACUGGAAACCUUUCUUGGUUACUGGAUUUUAAGUUGGACUCUUUCAUUGAGGCUGCAGAUGAAAAGUCUACUAUGCCUUCACCCAAAGACAUUUAUAGUGGUAACAAGACGAAGAUAAAUGGACGUUCUUAUGGUACUACCUACAUCAGCGAUGUCAAAAAGAGUUUUAACGAAAAUGGAUCAUUGCAUCGAGACUCAAAUCAUAGUUACUCCAGCCUUGACAAUAGGAAUUUUACGUCUUCCCGAUGUAAUGGUCCUAAGAAACCACCUUUCACGUAUACAGAGCUCAUUGAACACGCUCUUCGAGAAAGAGGGGAACUCACGGUGUCUGCCAUUUAUCAAUGGAUUUCAGAACAUUUUCCUUACUACAAAAGUAAUGACGAUCGUUGGAAAAACUCCGUUCGACACAACCUUUCCAUAAAUCCUCACUUCAGAAAAGGAUCAAAAGCACCACAUGGAGCUGGACAUUUAUGGGCUAUUGCUAAUCGUUCUGGAGAUUCCAGACCUAGACAAAUCUUUAAUACUUCUACCACUAAUUCCUCCAUGAAGCAAAUAAGCAAGAACACUACAGAAGUUGAAAAUCUGAGGAAAAAUAUUAGUCAAAUGAAUCCAAUAGAUGAAGUAGAAGCAGCAACUGCUAGCAUUAUACAACAAUCUCCAGAAGAAGAAGCUGAAAAUAUAGUGAAUUCUGUAACAUUAGAACAUUGUGCUGAAGAAAUACUUAGUGGUAUUAAAAAAGAAGUAGAGGUACAAUAUCUGGUUCCUAUGAUGGUGUCUAAUAAUGAACAUGAAUCAACCCAGUCCAAUCAGCAAACACAGGAACUUCAUUACCCUGCCAAAGAGAGUGAUUUUCUUAAUCCAGUAUCAAAAGAAGUGGUAGCAGAAGAAUGUGGACUUAUCAGUGAGGGCUAUCUAGUUACAGAUCUAAAUCCUACUACUUUAGGUUUGAAUAUGAUUGAACCAGAAAUUAUUACGCCUGAAAAUCUUUUUGGAGAAGAGUUAAGUUUCCAGUUCUACGAAUUAUCAUCUCCAUCACAGAUCCAAUCUGCCUGACACAUGGA